AUUGUUUAAUUUGAACCUCCGGUCUGAAGACUGAAUCAGUAUGGAAGCGCUGUUGGUUCAUCAGUUAAAAGAAAUUUACAAAGGAAGCCACAAUAUUGUUUGUUCUUUUUGGUUUGCCGUUAAGAAAUAACAUGAAGAUUACGAUUUUCUGUGUUUGUUUUGCAGCUAUUGUGUCUGCGACUUUUGCAGAUACCAGGAGAUCUCCUAACUUAAAAUAUCAAGAAGCAAGAAAGAAAUGCCAAGACGAUCCAGUCACCAGCCUUGAUCGAGAAACUCUAAAAAAUGCUUUCAGAGGUGACGUUGACGUUGCUAGUUUCGGCGGCCAUGCGCUUUGCAUAUACAAGAACCUACAGAUCUUAGAUGAAAAGUCUAACAUCAACAAAGCAGAACUGAGAAGCAGUUUGGACUAUAUAAUAACCGAUGCACAUAAACUAGAUCAAGCUGUGGAAGAUUGCGCUGUGAAGAAAGACACUCCAGAAGAAACUGCGGUUGAAAUAUUUAAGUGUACUAAGCGAGCUAUGGCACCAUAUUUACCUCACUAUGAUAUGUAGAUUUUCCUAAAACUUUUUAACUUGUAGUUAGAGAGCUGGUAGCAGUAAAGGAAUAUGCUAUAGGUGUAUUCGCGGAGCAAAUCCUGAACUUACCCAGAGGGAGAACGCCUGAGUAUUAGGUGUUCAGAUAGAGGAAAAAAUUCGACCUUCACGCACGCCCAAUUUUGAAAUGCGCAGGCGUUCUCCCUCCGGGUAAAUUUAGGAUUUGCUCCGCGAAUAUACCUAAUAUAUAACGCUCGGAUCUCAGAAGUUUAUUUCGAUAGGGCGAAAGUAAUAAUAUCUUAUACAUUUUACCAUGGUUUUGUGACAGAUUUGAAAAAUAGCGGCAUUAUCGUCUUUAUUUAUUAAAUUUGUUUUACCGAAAAGCAUUUUACUGACUAAAUAAUCAAAGUUAACUACGAUAUGAGAUUUGUUUUUAAUAUUUCUAUUCAAUAUGCUGAAGUUAGAUAAAGCAAUAUACAUAUAUGGUAAAAUACACUGCUCAACAAUUGAACUGGAUAUUUUAAACACAAACUUAGCAUUCUAACAUAGCACCAGCAAAUGGCAAACGUAAAGGUUGAACCCGUUAAAUGUUUAUUAUAUCGUUGUCCUCUUCCUCUCCACAACAAUGGUCUAAAUGGCCUGGUUUUAUUAUUUUACAAAUGUAAGUUAUAUUUUAAAACAAAGUAAAAAUUAUAACAAAGCAUAAUAGUUAUAUUUUGAAAAGUAAAACAACUAAGAAAGAAAAAGUAGCAUGUAAAAAGCAUUGGCUACCAAUUGUUGCUUAGGUCCGUAUCCACUACAAUUACAAAGUUACAAAAAAUAAAAAUAUACUAUCCAAUUCUUAAGCAGUAUAUAUUCUGAUUUAAAUCUAACUCCAAAAUAUGUACUGUAAAGUAGUCAUAACUGUCAAGUCAGUAGAGGACAAAGCGUACAAAUAAUACCUACUUAUGGAGUAAAUUGAUGCUUUUAAAAAUAUUUCGAUUAUCCAGAAGAAAAGUGUCACAACUCAAAAAACAACGUUUUUAGUAUAUAGUGUCUUAGUAUAUACUUAAAAGCAAGUAGUUAUUGGGCGUAAAUUCGUUUUAAACGAUCUGCUAAAAUUUAUAAAUUAAAAAUGAAAACUAUGGAUAAGAUAAGAGAAUGUUUCUAAUUGUGUAAGAAGCAAAACCAAAAAUACUUAGAUAUUUGAUUUAACAAAGAAACAAGAUUUUGAGUUAGGUCACUUUUUUUAAAAUAUUCGUCACUUUUUUAAACAUUAACGAAAAACACCUAGGAAACUUUUCGAAAUACAACGGUUUUCGUGACAAAUAACGAUAUGUUCACGUAGUACGUCACAGCAUAACCUCAAAAGUGUCAUGGUUCCGGAAUAAUAUAUUCAUUUUACCGCCAAAAGAGUAAUGACACUACUGCCAUCCAGUGGCGUAGCGUGAGUGUCGGCUGCCCGGGGCGGAAGACAAGUUUGCCGCCCUCUUAUUUAGGUAUUUUAAUUUAAUGUAUACUAUACAUUACGUAAAUAUAUUAAUUAUUAUGUGGAUCAAUAGACAAAAUAGCCAAAUUAGAUAGUCUUAGAGUACUCAUUGUCGACCUUAAAUAAUUUUUAAUCAAUUUCAAUUUUGAAAAACUUCUCUCACAGUUGUCAUUGCUUAUAGAAACUAUAAAAAAUAUUCGGAACAUUAUUAAAAUAUUUUUUAGUAGGUAUCUUAAAGCUUGUAUUUAACAAUAAAUUUAAAUAAUUCAAGUGAGUCUGCAUUAAGGGAGCGUUCAAGUAUUACGUAACGCGAUUUUUGUUUUUUGACCCCCCUCUACGUAACACACUGUAAUGGGCGUUUAACUAUUACGUAACGCAAUUUUUGAAGAUUUUUGACCCCCCCCCCAACCUGCAUUACGUAAUAUUUGAACGGUCCCUAAUAAAUUUAUUUUCGUUACCUAUAGCAGCAACGAAAGUCCGCAGUUGAACUCUUUCCAGCUUGAAAUCCUGCUCGUCAAUUUCGUCAGAUGCGUAGUCUAGAAUACAUUCAGUGUUGUCUGGAUCUAAUAAUAUAGCCGCGUUACAUAAGCAAACUUAUCCGAUAAAUUCUGUAGCUGUUGAAAACGCUCACGAAUUUCUACAAUAACUCUAUCUAACGAAAAAAAAAAAAACAGCUUCCGUCUCAACUCAUUGUCACAAGACAAGCUAGCAUCUCUAUUUCCGUCAUCAAAAAUAUGCUUUCUUGUUAUGUGCCUCCUAGGUUUUAUGGAAAUUACAAGUUCUUCACACAUAUUUUUUGCAUAACGUACAGCGCCAUUUGUUCAUUCCUCUCUUUUCUCUAUCAAUAUCAUCUGCAAAGCAUUUACUUUCUGAGCGCACAAUCUUAUGUCAAGGUCCCCUUGUUUGUAAAUAUUUUUGUGCAUCAUUCACUUCAUGUAGCAUCGGUUGCCACAGGCCCAAAAAACAAAGAAAGGAUAAUGACUGCAUCGAAACUAGUAAAGCACCUGCAUCUGUCCUAGUGUUUAAGCUUUCACCUGCCUCUGUCAGUUUUUUCAAAGUGACGAGAAGGUCUUUGUAAUGAUGCCAUGUCACAUUAUGCACUCCACCGCGUGUCUUGAACCCUUGUGCCACUGAAUAACGUAUAGGGUAGUGAAAUAUUUGCCGAUGUAUGUAAUAGAAGUCAUUUACGUUGAUUGUUAGUCAUAAACGGGGAAUUCCCACAGGUCAGUAUAGACGUUGUUGUCAGUUACCACAAAAUAUAAUUCAAAGGAGAGGAAUUCCCCGAAUUCGUCACAAAAUAAGUAAUGAAAAAUUCCGUGCUCCUUUCAAUCGGUCCAAAUUUGUAGUUGCGAUCAAAAUAUAAAAUGGUUCAAAUAUUUACAAAAUAUUUUUAUUAUUUAUUGUUACAUUUUGCCGCCCCCGAAGAAGUGCCCCUGCUGCCCCCACUACGCUACGCCACUGCACUGCCAUAUUACGAAGUUGGAAGUAAACAUCUACGUGACACUUUUCCUUGUAAAAGUAUAGGAUUUUUGGGGUCAAUUUAACAGGAUAACUAGAUUGCAUUUUUUGAGUUGUGUCACUUUUCUUACGGACGAGUGAUUUAUGAAUUUUUAAUAAAGGGAAUUUUUUUAAACUACUGUCUCCAGCUCCUUAGCUACCUGAAUUUGUAUCAAAAAUCUGCAGUUUUUAAAACAUUUGUUUUUUAUUAUGGUGGUGGCAAAAACAAAAUGAUAUUUUUUGUAUAAGAUUUUAAAAUUUUGUUUAGGUGUCAUGAAAUAAUUUUAGGAUCAAAUUUGAAAUUAUUUAAGUUUAAAAGCUGUUUUAUUUUAUACUGUUUCCAAAGGAAAAUUUUAAUUAAAAGUUGUUUAUUUUUAUUAUAA